GAUGCAUUUGCUGCUAAUCAUAUUAACAAGAGGAGAUCCAGAAGAAAAUUGGCUAUAUUGUAAUGAGAGCAGAGGGAGUAUAUGAUGUUGAGGCCAAUUCAUCUAUUUAUUUGCCAUCUGAGGACUUGAAUACCAAAAUGCCAAAGGAUUUGGAUACAUCCCUAAAGCUAGUGAGAGCAUCAAAGUUGUCCUCGAAAGGGAUAAUCAAGAUGAUGAUGAUGAUGAUAAGCACGAUGAAGAUGGAUCCAAUCAUCAAGAUGUGAAGGUAUCAAAUAUAUAGACUUGAGGUAGGGUAAAUGCACUGAAUGGAUUUCAGUGAAAAAAAACUAGGAAAGAAAAAGCAUGUAGCGAGCAAUCAUGCAGUCUCUUUCAUGUGUAACUUUCUGAAAUGAAUGCUAUUAUGAGGG